GGAUGAUCCGACAGUAACCCUUUGGCCAUCAUGUUCUCAUUGAAGUCGCUCCUGAACCCGACCGAGGACGGCGAUGGCAACACAAGCUCCGACGGCGCCAAGGAGCCCAACGACCGGAAGCGGCGCCAUGACCGCGCCAAGGCGAGGUACAUGGAAGAGGUCUCGUACCUCCAGGUGAAGAGCAAGGAGCUCCAGGGCCAGCUCGACGGCCUCGAGCGCUCCAAGAAGCGCAAGACAGAGUCGACGGCGUCGGUCUGGGAAGGCUUCGCCCGGCGCCAAGCGCUCGAGCGCCAAGAGGCGCAGCUCGAAAACUCCAAGCUCAAGGGCGUGCUCACGCAGCAGCUCUCGAUCAUCAAGGGCCUCGAAGCCGUCCUCUCGCAGCGCCCGCAGCUUCUCACGUGGCCGGUGCUGCCGACGAACGACGCAUCGAUCGUGCGCUUCCCAAAGGACCCGGCGACGCGCGCGGCCGAGUUUGAGCGCGUCAUGACCUUCGAGCUGGCCCGCCUCGACGAGACGUACCGCAAGUUUGGGCUCAUCGACACGCUCGACACGUGGAAGCAGGUCGUCGUGCGCAUGGACGAGGCGACCCACGAGGUCGUGCUGGACGUGAGCUUCAGCUUGGUCGUGCACGUCCCCGCCCGCGUCCUCGCCGACGCCAUGACCAUCAUCUACAUCCCUGCUGAAGAUCUGGGAGUCCGCAACGGCCGGGUCAAGUUUCUCGAGCGAUUCGAUCCGCACUCGGUCUACAUCCAGCGCAUCUUUGCCAUCACCAACCUCCCGGAAGUGGUCGCCCACUUUGCUUGUCGGGGCGCGCGCCUAGAUGAAGACCACGCCAAGUUUGUGCUCGCGUCGGUCAUGGACGACGACCUGGUGCCGUACCCUCCGCAGGCGCUGCGGUCCCGCGAGCACAUUUACGCGAGCGCCGAGCCGCUCAAUGCGACGCAAUCGCGCUGGAAGAUGGUGCGCCGCGUGCACAUUCCGGCGUCGGUCACGGCGCAGGUGCCGGUCCCCAUCGGCGCGCUCGUCGAGCUGCUCUUGCACUGCUACUCGGACAACAUUGAGAUCCUCAUGGGUCGCAUGCGGGACGUGCUCCCGGGCGUCGCAGGGCUCGCACCCAACUCGGACCUCGUCGAGCCGGCGGGCGAGCUCAUUCAACUCAACCAGACAAGGCUGUCGCCAACGCACUAAAAAAAAUGGUUUCCGUAUCAUUG